CCCGCUGAUAUCUUGCAGGCGCAAUGGCGCCAUCUCCAAAGAAAUAACUGUGUGUGGUUGUUUCAGAGUGUUCAUCAAUUUUGCUCGUCGAAUACUAGAUUAUUUUACUGUCCAAGUAGGGUGCAUAUUAUAUUGUAUUGUGGUUCUGGUCUUAUCAAGUGAGUGUGUGUGGUAGGAAUCGGAGACUCGAUGAGUUCUGUGCUGCAGUUUGUUUGCGGAGCGGCUGUAGGGGUCGGCUUGUUCGUCGCCGCAUCCCGCUUGCGGCACGGAUUUUUAUCAGGCAAUUUUAACAAUCCCACGCCAGGCGUUGAAGUGAUUACUCCUGAGCGACGUGCAACUACACAGGAAAGAGCUCGCUCAAUACGAAGUGCUGUUACCCCUGUCAGGACAAACGGCGACAUCGGAGCAAAUUCGACCGAACCCGAUCAACCCGAUGAUAAAACGCAAAAUGUCUUGAACGUUCUAUACUGCAUUGCUGAGGAUCAGGCGAUCAAAGAAGGCUACAUUCACCGCGGUAUUACUUGUAAUACCUGUCAGGCUAGCCCAAUAUGCGGUGUGCGGUACAAAUGUGGAAACUGUGUAGAUUAUGACAUUUGCGAGAGGUGUGAAAGUCAAGACAGGCAUAACAGAACGCACGCAUUUAUCAAAAUUCGUAUUCCUAUACCACCUCUCGCGAACCCUAGAACACCAUGCCUUCCAUCACUUUACCCAGGAAAUAAAUCUCACCCAUGCCAACUUUCUUGGGAGGAAACUCGACGACUUCAAGACAAGAGUCAUUUUGACCAAGUUGAAAUAGAAGCUCUUAUAGAACAGUUCAAGACACUUGCUACAGAAGAUUUGGGUAUCACAAGAGAAGUGUUUGAUCAAUGCCUGGGGCCUUUAGGCCAGCAAAGCAACCUAGUAAUGGAGCAGAUGUUUAAGUUCUAUGAUAGUAAUGGUGAUAAUAUCAUAGACUUGGAAGAAUUUAUUCAAGCACUGUCUAUCCUUGUAAAAGGGAGCCAGGAAGAGAAAAUACCCCAUGCAUUCAAAGGGUAUGACACAGAGAAGAAAGGGUACAUAACCAAGGAGAACCUAAGGCAAAUGUUCAAGGCUUAUUUUAAUGUGAGUUUAGAGUUGGUACGAGAUGUUGUCCGGUCUUGUGAGGAAGAGAUGAUGGCAGCAUUUGAUGAUGCUGGUGACAAACCUGUGUCUGCAGUGUUCAAUGCGCCUAUCCCUAGUGACACUGAACCAUCAACCUCAGGAAAACCCAAUAUGCAUUUUCACCACCCUGGCUCAGGUAGAAGAGAGGAGGAUGGGACAUGGCCUGUCAUGGAAGCGAUGUCACAGGAUGCUAUAGAUGAAAUGGUAGAGCAUGUGUUUGCCUAUGCUGAUGCAGAUAAGAAUGGCGAGAUCUCAUAUGAGGAGUUUAAAGUUUGGGCCACAUGCGACAGUACCCUCUUGGCAUGGUUUGAAGCAUUAGGGACCGUUUUUUAGUGUUAUGUAAUGUGUUACUUAUUGGCAUUAGGGCUGAAGCACAGUGACGCCUCUCUUGGCGGUCUUUCACUAACUUAGGCACCCCAGGUCAGCCCUAUCUAUAACAGCUAAGCCUGAAACAUUCUUUGCCUAGUUGUUCUGGGCAUCUAGGCUUUUGCUCCCCUAAUGGGGUCCACCAAGUCGAUGUUUGAGGGAUCCUUUCCUGCUCUAAAAACAUGGCCAAGUCACUUUAGAAAACAGCAUUUUAUUUUCUUGCAUGAUGUUGUUUGAGCCCUUGUUGUCAUACAGUUCAGAAAAGGCCAGAAAAUGUGGCGUAUCUUCCUCAGGCACCUGGUGUGGAAGACAUUGGUGUUAUCCAAGUCUGCAUUAACAAUGUGCCAACACUCAGCACUAUAGAGGAGCACCAAAUUCACAUUACUGUUACACAGUCUACAGAGGGUCUUAAAUGCAGGCCAUAUAUGGUCAUAUAUUUUACUUACAAAUAAGAAUAAUAAUGAAAGAACUAAUGAUAAACCAAAGAAUCUACACAACAGCUCAUACUAAUACAGAUAAGGAAUUUUCUUUUACUCUAUAUAUUUAUAAUUGUUUGAUGUGCUAGAUAUAUGUAACAUUGACAAACUAGAUUUGUAGUGUGUUGUGUGAAGGACUAAUAUUAUUUAUAUCAAAGCAAAUUGUGAGGUGAAAAGUACAGUAGAACCAUAAACCAUGCUUGCAUAUCAGACACUAUUCAUGUCAGGGUGACACACUGUGUCUAUAAAAGACACUGUUUGCAACACUACACAUUCCUUGUAUAUAAAAUUGGUUUAAUAUAUAAUGGUGAAGAGCA